AUGUGCAACCCCACGAAGAAAACCGAGGACACAAUCCCAGCAUCAGCUACGCAGUCAACAACAUGGGAGGUCAAGAACACCAAGUCAAGUACUGCUCCGUUGGCUACCACGGUCCCUCGGGAACCAUUGUGCAUCUUUCCUCCUCGAAUCUACAUGCUGCUGCUCUUUGCAGCGUCUUUUUACGUGCUGAAUCACUAUGGAUUGUGGACAAAACUGGCAGUUUUCUACGCCAUUACCUGGACCAUGAAUCCCUUCUCGGGUUGGAGUGACGUGCUAAUGAUGCUGAAAGUUACCCUGACGCAGCCUCGUGCUGAUUUGCCCUUCCUCUACAAUACGGUGGGCUUCUUCUACAUUUUCUGGAAGGCCUUUUACUGCUAUCCUGCCGAAACGGUUCUCUGGUAUUUGGAUGAUAUUCUCUUUCCAGAAUACAGAGCGACCGAAAUCAAAGAGCCUCUCUUUCUUCUGGGGCAGCCGAGAUCGGGGACAACAAUGUUUGAAACGUUGCUAUCCGAGGAUGAAGACAGGCAUUGCUCCAUGUACCUGUAUGAAAUGAGGUAUCCCUAUCUUACUGUGCAGUAUACAGUUGACUUUUUGUCGCAUAUUGACAAGAAGUACUUUAGUAGCAGGGGCUAUAAGCUGUUGCUUGAAACUGGAAUGCUCAGCUGUCUGCAAGAGACUGGAGAACGCAAAGACAUGCGUCGUCUGCGCUAUGAUCUUCCAGACGAAGACGAUCUCGUGUUCUUCUGGCACACCUUUUGCCACUUUCUCCUUGUGGGGUUCUUCCCCCAUGAAGAGUUGGUGCGAUUCAAUCACCGGUUUUCGGAACUCCCGUGCAGCACGAGGAUGCGCUACAUGAACUUACAUCGCAAGACGAUUCAAAAGGUGAUGCAUCGUCGAGGACAAGGGAAACGAUACUUGGCCAAGUGGGUGGCUGGAUGGAAUGGACAAUUGGACGAGGCCAAGGUCGUCUACCCAGACGCCAAGUAUGUCGUCAUUGUUCGAGAUCCUCAGGAGUCGUUGCGUUCCUGGAUGAAACUGCAAGGCUUGCUAGCAUAUCAACUGACGGGCAACAAUGUCCUUCGUAAUCAUCCCGAGAUACGGGAAACCAUCAUUCAAGAGAACAUCUUGUGGUUUCACAAGGAAGUUGAAUUCUGCAAGACAACGUCAAGGGAGAACUUACUCGUGCUGCGGUAUACGGACAUCGUGCAAGACAUUCCACAGCAAGUCAAGUGUCUGUAUCACUUCUUGGAUCAGUACAUUGACAAAAACUCCAAGUUCUACCAUGUGCUGCUCGGCAGCAAACGGCGGCAAUACCGUCACCAAAAGACCAGAAUAAAUCCUCAGGACGAAUUUAUCUCGGAGGAACGGAUCGAGAGGGACUUUCCGAGGCUGUUGGAGGAAAUCGAAUUCUCCAGAUUCAAUCUGGGCAAUGACAAUAACGAGAACGGCAAGGACUAG